UGUGAAUUCCAAGUGAUGGCCAGGGUCCUCACACCGAGCCCCAGACCCUUUCUUUGGAAUGAGACUCUGCACAAACAUUACAACUACGUGGGCAAGCUGGCCGGCCGACUGAAGGACACCCCUGAGGGCAGCACCCUCACUACAGUGCUGUUCCUGGUCAUCUGCAGCUUCAUCGUCCUGGAGAACCUGAUGGUUCUGAUUGCUAUCUGGAAAAACAAUAAAUUUCACAACCGCAUGUAUUUUUUUAUCGGCAAUUUAGCUCUUUGCGACCUGCUGGCUGGUAUUGCCUAUAAGGUCAACAUUCUGAUGUCAGGCAAGAAGACAUUGAGCCUGUCUCCCACAGUCUGGUUCCUGCGGGAAGGCAGCAUGUUCGUGGCCCUCGGGGCAUCUACCUGUAGCUUACUGGCCAUCGCCAUUGAGCGGCACUUGACCAUGAUCAAAAUGAGGCCAUAUGAUGCCAACAAGAAGCAUCGAGUCUUCCUUCUGAUUGGAAUGUGCUGGCUUAUUGCAUUCUCACUGGGCGCCUUACCCAUUCUGGGCUGGAACUGCCUGAAUAACCUCCCUGACUGCUCCACUAUCCUGCCCCUCUAUUCCAAGAGCUACAUCGCCUUCUGCAUUAGCAUCUUUACUGCCAUCCUGGUGGCCAUCGUGAUCCUGUAUGCGCGCAUCUACUGCCUGGUGAAGUCUAGCAGCCGCAGGGUGGCCAGCCCCCACAACUCAGAGCGGUCCAUGGCCCUGCUACGAACUGUGGUGAUCGUGGUGAGCGUGUUCAUUGCCUGCUGGUCCCCACUCUUCAUACUCUUCCUUGUCGACGUGGCCUGCAAAGUGAGGGAGUGUGCUAUCCUGUUCAAGGACAAGUGGUUCAUUGUGCUGGCAGUACUCAACUCCGCCAUGAACCCUGUCAUCUACACACUGGCCAGCAAGGAGAUGCGGCGCGCUUUUUUCCGGCUGGUCUGCAACUGCCUGGUUAAGGCCCAAAGCACCCACUCCUCACCCAUCCAGCUUGCCCUUGAUCCAAGCAAAAGCAAAUCCAGCGGCAGUAACAACAGCAGCCCCUUUCCGAAGAGCAAGGAAGACAUUCCCCAAACGGUCACCUCACCCUGCAUAACUGACAGGAACAAAACCCUGCAGAACGGGAUCCUCUGCAAGUGAGGCCCAGUCUCAAGGCAUAAAGGUCCUUACAUCUCCAUUA